AUUUAGGUACUAAUAUGUACCUUUAAGAUACUAAUAAACACCGUUUAGGGGUAAAUAAGGUACAAAGGUGUACCUUUUUAAAAGGGUACUGCUCCAGUGACAGCUUUUCUACCCUUUUUUCUGAGAAUGCUGAAAACCCUGCUUUAAUUCCUAAACCCGAUUAUAACUUUACCCAUAAAGUUAGAAAUGGUCCUAGAAAGUAUGCUUUCAGAUUCUAACAUAACAUAAGGCUCUGACAUGCCCCAGUUGAACAAUGACGAAGAAGAUGAUGAUGGUGGCUUUUUCAAAUUAGCCUGGAAACAUGCUGUCCUAUUCUGUGCAAUUCUAUGCUUCAUUACAGAUUCAUUUUUCAUGCCACUUAACUCCAUGAGGUUGAGUGCUCACCAUUCACAUACAGUACAGGAUGUGUUUUAUCAUUUUUUUGUUCAAGCAUUGUCUCUGUAGCUGUCAACAUUCAGCUGAUAGGUUUUGAAUGUUCAACUUUUCAGGGCUUUUGUUAUCUCAGAGCUGGUGUUCUGAAAGUCUAAAAUGCUAAGCAUUUUUUUUCUGGCGGUUUAUCCAAAGUGACACAGUACACUUAUAUCAUGGACAAUAUCCCCUGAAGCAACCUGGGUUUAAGGGCCUUUUUCAGUGGCACUGUCAGUGGUCAGGAAUCGCCCCUUGCAGGGUUUGAACCAACCUUUUUAUUCACCAACCUAAGGGGUUAUUCACUGCUGGCAAAAAGGGUUUUUAAUAAAACUUGAAAAAAAAAAAAAAAAAAAAAAUUAGUAGGCAAUUUUUACUCCCCAAACUGGUGCUACAUGACUAUAGAAAACAGAAAAAGAGGGCUGUGAUGUUUCCUUUUGCCAAAGUGGUAGGGAAAACCCGCAUAAUGCACUGCUCAAACUGACUGUCAUUAAUUAUUCACCCUCAUGUCGUUCAGCGGAAACCCCGCCCUGGAGCCGAUUCUAAACAUUUUAUUGGCCAUGUCAAUCACAGUAAUGAUUACCUACACCCAACCCUGAUCCCUAAACCUACCCGUCACUGUAACCUCAGCCAGUGAAAUUGGUUGCAGGGCGGGGAUUUCUGCUGAACCAUUUGGGGAAAAAAAUCACGCGUUCCAAACCUGUUCACUCAUUCAUCUUCGGAACAGAAAUGAAGAUUUUUUGAUGAAAUCCAAGAGUUUUUUUUUUAAGUUUUUUUUUAUCCCCCAUAGAAAGCAAUGUAAUUACAGUCAUUUAAGGUCCAGAAAAGUAGUAAAGACAUCAUUAAAAUAGUCAACGUGACUACAGUGGUUCAACCUUAAUGUUAUGAAAUGACAAAACAAAAAUAUGACUUUAUUCAACAAAUUCGUCUCUCCCCUGUCGGUCUCCUAUGUUGUUUACGUUCAGUGCUUCCAGGUUCUACGUCAGAACGCCAACUCAGUAUGUCUUUACUACUUUUCUGGACCUUGAAUGACGGUAUUUACGUUGCUUUGUAUGGGGGAUAAAAAAACCCCUCUUGGAUUCAUCAAAAAUAUCUUAAUUUGUGUUCCGAAGAUGAACAAAGAUCUUGGAACAACAUGAGGGUGAGUACUUAAUGACAGAAAUGACAUUUUUGGGUGAACUAACCCUUUAACCACAAAGCUACACUAAAAUGUGCUGCAAGCAAUGUCAGCAUUACCCCUUCAAUCACCAAAAUCCCGCCCAGCUCCACAGACAUGUCAACAAACAUUGACAGGCAAAAAAAAAAAAAAAAUGGUUUCUAAUUGGUUUACCAACGCUUUUAUUAUUAUUAUUAUUAUUAUUUAUAUUAUUCAUACUCAUAAUCACAUUAUUAAUUAUUAGUUUACAACUUAAUCAAACUCCACUGUCUGCACUCCCUGGCUGUUGCUGAAUGAAGUCGCUUCGUAUUUGCUGUUGAAUUUGCAUAAAAUUAAAAGGCUAUAUUUAGUAGACACGCCCACACUAAUGCAAAGGGUCGCAGUCGCUCAUGGGAAGUCGCCAGCUUAUCUUUUUACUGAAAAUGAUUGUCGCUGUAAACGGUGCAUUUGGGCAGUCACAGAGACAGCUGAAAGGCACCUCAAAUCUGCGCUCGCUUCAGCAUGCGUUUGGCGCACGGAGCGCACUCUUGGCGAGCUCUUCAUCAUCAGGCGCAGGGAUGAUGUUCAACUCAUCGGGCUCGCUAGAUUUCUUCUCGUUCACUCACUCUGAGGUCGCGUCGGAAGUUCUCAAUGGUUCCUCACACUUAUUCUACAACAUCUCAAUGGCCAUGUGGAACAAAUCCUGCGGGGAACCAUUGCUCGAUUUCACCACAGCGGAGAAGAUUGUUAUCGGAAUGAUGCUGGCCAUCAUCACCACCGUGACGGUGAUUGGAAAUAUGCUGGUGGUGAUCGCGGUGUGCGUUGUUAAAAAGCUCAGACAGCCGUCCAACUAUCUGCUGGUGUCUCUGGCCGUGGCGGAUCUCUCCGUGGCUAUUGUGGUGAUGCCAUUCGUGAUCGUGACGGACCUCACGGGAGGAAAGUGGCUUUUUGGAGAGGUCUUCUGUAACAUCUUCAUCGCCAUGGAUGUGAUGUGCUGCACUGCAUCCAUCAUGACGCUGUGCGUGAUCAGUGUGGACAGGUAUCUUGGCAUCACCCGCCCUUUGACCUACCCUGCUCGUCAAAAUGGUCAACUGAUGGCGAAGAUGAUUUUUGGCGUGUGGCUUGUGUCUGCCUCCAUCACACUGCCGCCAUUUUGUGGCUGGGCGAAGAACGUUAACACGGCUGGUGUUUGUCUAAUCAGCCAGGACUUCGGCUACACCAUCUACUCCACCGCCGUGGCCUUCUACAUCCCCAUGAUCGUCAUGCUCUUCAUGUACUACAAGAUCUUCAAGGCUGCCAGAAAAAGUGGCGCCAAACAUCGUUUUACCGACUUCCCCCGUCGGGAACGCCUGGAGACAGUUGCCAGCGAAGCCCUGAGGAUGCAAGGCCUAAAACCUCAACACACACCUGGCGUAGCUGAGGAGUGUGCUGCUCUUUCUCGUUUUCUCAGCCGUGAACGACAGAAUAUCUCCAUUUUUAAGCGAGAGCAAAAGGCAGCUACAACAUUGGGCGUGAUAGUUGGAGUUUUUGGUAUUUGUUGGCUGCCGUUUUUUAUUCUAUCUACAGCGAGACCCUUUAUAUGUGGGGUUAAGUGUAGUUGCAUACCAAUAUGGCUUGAGAGGACGCUGCUAUGGUUUGGAUAUGCCAACUCAUUAAUGAACCCCUUCAUUUAUGCUUUUUUUAAUCGGGACCUGCGCUCCACUUACAGGGAUUUGCUCCGUUGCAGGUACCGGAACAUUAACCGGCGACUGUCGGCUGUAGGCGUGCAUGAGGCACUGAAGGUUUGAAGUAUAGUGAAAAAGGAUGUGGUUUGACCCAAUUUUGGUUUACACUGAAAGCUGAACAAUGUGCAUUGCUACAUCCACUUAUUGUUUUUUAUAGAUAAAGUAUGAACAAAAAACAGAAUCACAGGCUCAUACUUCUUCAGAACACUCAUAUUUCAGUUCCAUUAAGGUAUCGUUUUGGUCAGUAGUUGUUUUUUUCCCCUAUUUUUUUCCCCCAUGAGACAACAAGAUAUACCAUGUUAGGCCUGAUUUUACUGAUUUGAGGAUUAGACCGGCUAAAAUACUUGGCUAGAAAUUCAGCACCGAUUCUUCAGACAAAAUAGAACUGAGAAAAUAUGUGUUAAAGAAGACUUUUAUUUUGUUGAAUUUAUUAAAAAAAUAAAUCAUUUACACCUAUAUAAAUAUAAAAUACAUUUAUUUUAUAUACUCAUAAUUAUGUUUUUCUUCAAUUUUAUAUAUAUACGCUACUGUUAAAAAGGUUAGGGUCAGUAAGAUUUUUCAAAGAAAUUAAUACUUUUAUUCAUACUUAUACACAUUGAACUGAUAAAAAGAGAGAAUGUUUUUUACAAUGUAAAAAUUUUACCAUUUCAAAUAAACGUUGUACUUUUGAACUUUCUAUUCAUCAAAAAAUCCUGAAAAAUAAUUGUAUCACGGUUUCCACAAAAAUAUUAGGCAGCACAACUGUUUUCAACAUUGAUAAUAAUAAGAAACAUUUCUUGAGCUCCAAAUCAGCAAAUAAGAAUGAUUUCUGAAGGAUCAUGUGACUGAAGACUGGAGAAAUUAUGCUGAAAGUUCAGCUUUCUAUCACAGGAAUAAAAUACAUUUUAAAAUGUAUUAAAAAAUAGUUAAGUUGUAUUAAUAUUUUAAAAUAUUACUGUUAUUACAGUACUUUUUAUCACAUAAAUGCAGCAUAAAAGACUUAUUUUGAAAAAAUCUUACCAACCCUAAGCUUUUGAGCAUUAGUGUAUAUAUUUUAAUAAAGUAUUGAUUUAUAGUCAUAGGAGAGUGAGUUAUAAUGCAAUUAUACUUUUAAUAAAACUGUACCUUUGUAUAAAGAACAAUGGCUAUUGGCUAUUUUCAAAACAAAUUCAAAUAUGGUUCAUGUUUUGGCUUCAACUCUAAAGAAUCAGGGAGAAACAAAUACAUAUUUUCAUUUUGAAAUUUGGAGUGAAUUCAGCUAAAUUGGGACACUUUAAAUGGUAAAACCUGGCCAAAAUGACCUGAAUCAACCCUAUAUUCAAUCAACGUUUGUGCAGCUUGCACUAAAAUAGUGAUAUCCUAAAAUAUAUUUCUAUACAUUAACAACAGUGCAGUACAUGUUUGCUAAUUCUGUCUAUAAAUUCAUAGCAAUCAGCUCAUUUUUUUGCUGUCAUGAAGCAACGGGGUGUGAUUAUAGGGAUGCUCUUGGCCGUUAUCUUCUCAAAGCUGUUAAUUUUCUCAUCAUCACAUUAGAUUCCGCAAUGUGGAACAAAAGUGUAAAUCUUCACACUUGCUUCCUUCAUAUUUAGCCAGUCAUUGGUUCAAGCUCCUGGUUCAUUUAUCUGCAUUAAGCUGAGAUAAUACUGAUUUCCCUCUACCUGUGAGUGUUCUGAAGAAGUAUGCGGCCACCUUAAAGCAGUUGUUCUGUACAUAUGCGGCGACCAAGUCUCCAGGAGGAAAAAUAAGGGCUUGUGGGCAGUUGUCACUAUGAGGCUUGACUGAUAUUGGAAAUCCAUCAGAAUGUGUGUGUGCGUGAGCAUGAAUCCCUGCCUAGAAACAACAAGAGACAGGACACUCACCUUGCUUUUCCGAUGAUUCAGUCCAUCUAUUUUAAGAACUUUAAGAACAUGGAAUAGCCGGCUGUCUUUGAUGGAACAUCUGACUCUGCGAGCCUUUGUGCAUUUGCUGUGAUCUGGCAUUGUCUGUUUUUGUACUCUUUUUUGACCUGAUGUGGCAAUUGAAAAAGACUUUCAAUGCCUUUAAGUGUCUCCUCAACCAUGAAUGACGAAAUUUUUGGUAAGCAACAUUAACUGAGGACGGAAUUCCUGUUAAAUCUCAAGUGUUAUUGACUCUUAACAGAUAAGUUAUUGACUGACCAAUUUGAUGUGGUUGUUUACACAUGGAGAUCUAGAGGCGAAAUGUUUUUGAUGUACAGUUCUAUAUGUGUGUUGCCAAAUCUUUGUGAGAAGCUUACAAUUGUUUCUUGUCACAGAUUUUAACCCUGCACCAGAAACGUUGAAAUUGCCUGUGCAUUUUUGUGUAUUACCUUUUCCGACAAGGACUACACUAAGUGUUUUGCCAAGAUUGUUGAUGUAAAGCAAAGCAAAGAGUAAAAUGAAGAGAGUUCAGAAAUGAAAUAAAUUAGAAGAAAAAGAAAACAAGUUACUCUUUUGAAAGUUUUGACUUCUGGUAUUUUCACAAGGAAAUUCUGAUCCUGAUCAGACAGAUCAAAUGUGUCUUUGCUUCAUUCCACAGAAUCAACUUACUGUACCUGUGGGUUGCACAUGAUCUCUUGCACUGAUUUGUAGAAAUUACAAAAAUGACUGGACAUCUAACAAACUUUGUACAUUACCUUAAGCAUUUGUUUAUAUUUGCCUGAAACCGAAAGCUGCCAGUUACUAAUGCAAUUUUAAAAUAGAAUUCAAAUUGAUUAUAUAUUAAAAACACUUUAUAGGGAUAGUUCACCAAAAAAAAUGAAAAUUAUCCCAUGAUUUACUCACCCUCAAGCCAUCCUAGGUGUAUAUGACUAUCUUCUUUCAGACGAACACAAUCGGAGAUAUAUUUAAAAAAAUAUAUUUAUUCCAGAUUUAUAAUGAUAGC